CCUCAAAGUGCCACAUAUUUUUUUUAUAAACUGUUGGUUGGCAAAUAUCUUUCGCUGGUAAUUUUAUGCAACUUGUGAACAAAAUUGACCAGGUUAUUAUCUUUGAAGAAACUGACAUGGGAUUAAAUCUACAGGUAGGAUAAUAUGCUGGUUUUGCCAAUGAGUAAUGUCCUGAAAGUGUUGUGAGUUAGCCUCCAAACGUUUAGAAAUAGUCCUUUAUUAUAAUUUGUUUACAUACCUAAGCUAUUAUCAUUGCUUUUUGCUAUGUUAGUUUUUUUAAAUUUUAUUAUUUAUUUAUUUUUUCCCUUAAAAAGAAAAAUGUGCUAAUAAAAAAUGGAAUUCAAAGGCUGUCUAGAAGUAGCUGGUCUGACUGAGGAAUGGAUGGAGUCAAAUGAAAUUGAAGGUAUUUUUAUGGUCACACAUUAAUUUUUUUUUAAAUUAACAGUUUAGAUCGCAUUAUAUUCUGUAAAUUAAUAACUAUCACUUUUUAAUCACUACUCAAGUAGACAGACUACUGCACAUGAUUUAGUACAUUCUAUUUUUUUUUCUUUUAUAAGGUUGUUAUGAUUUUAAAAAUCUUCAACUCUCCAUAUCCAGACCCAGGUGGUUAGAUGUUUUUGUUCUGUCAGAUCCAUCAAGGCCAAAGCGAUGUGGCACGGUACGUUAGAAAAAUAUCCCAACCACAAAUUAAAUAGGUAGCAUACGUUUUUAAAAAAGGAUUGAACUAUGAAAAGCAAUAUUAAAUUGUGUUGAAAAUGCCAUUGCCAAAUAAUAAAAUAUUUAAAUUUUGUGUGUGUUUGGUCUGGGGAACCAAGGAGGCAAGAAUCAUGUUUGUUCCGGUAGUUAAAAAAUCAAUCCUUGUAUAAAAUUUAUGACGGACGCAUUAUAUAAACUUUUUUAGAUGUGUCAUUAUUUAUUAUAAAUACUGAUUAAAAUAUAAAUGAUUCAGUUGUUUAUUUUUCUUUUAAUAUGUUAUUUUUUAUUACCCGGUAAUUAGGUUAGCUGGAAUUUUUCCGGGCACCAGAAUCCUUCCCCUUUGUGUAUAGCAGCAACAGUAAAGAGAGAACCAGAGUGCACAGUAAGACUACGCUCAGGGUUUUUAAAACAUGGCAACACAGGUAUAUUAUCAUUUUAUGUGUCACCUUUUGUGUUAAAAUUGCAGAGCUUAAAAGUGAUGCCGAUAACAUUAUUUUAAUUUGGUGAGAAAGCUUAACUUAUUUCACCAGGCACAAUAUUGGCACAUUUGGGGUUGAGAAAAGCAGUCUUUCUAAAAUGAUCUCUUUUUGUUUCAGGGGGCUAGUAUUGUUAAAGUCUGAACAUUAAGUCUUGCUGUUAUCACAAGUUUAUUUAUUAACAUUAAAUACUCAGUGCAAGUUUAGGGAACUAUUUUUAUGUAGCUCAGGGACGUUACCCUGUAAAUGCCCAAUGGACGUUACCCUGUAAAUGCCCAAUGGACGUUACCCUUUAAAUGCCCAAUGGAUGUUACCUUGUAAAUGCUCCCUGGACAUUACCCUGUAAAUGCUCACUGGACAUUACCCUGUAAAUGCCCACUGAAUUUACAUUAAAAAGUUUUUUCUUUAGACUUCGUGUAAAUGAGCCUACUCCUGGUGUCAAAUUAAGUUAUGCAUGUACGUUUGGAAAUGUAAGUCUUCAGUUUAAAUUUAGUGAAGGUCACAGGAAUUAAUCAUUUAUUUGUUGUUCCCAAACAGAUUUUGACGCAAAAGUUAAGCUUUCUUUUGAAGGUCUACCCAAUUAUAUCCGCAAAUAUUUGAGCAUGAACUCUAUAAUAAUUGAUCUCGGGAGUGAAGUCCCUACUGAAAGCGAUCCACAGCCGACACCAUGUCAAAAUUAUGAAACAUUUAGUUCAGAGGAAAUGUCACAGAGCCUGGGAGCUACAGUUUCAGUCGCUAGUGGACGCUACAUUGGUAAUUCAUUUUUAUCAUUAUCAUUUAGAACAGGAAGUUUGGUAUUCUGCAUUUAAAAAAAAAAAAUAUUUUUAAUGUUAAAAAAAUGAUAUACAAUCUUAUUCUAUUCUAUGGAAUCAAUAUAGUUAAUUAUUUUUUCCCAGUAUUUUUCUCCCUAAGGGCCGCUCUAAAUGGUGAUGUCAAAAUAAUUGAAAAGGAUGGAAGUGUCCAGCAGGAAAACAUCAUGGAACUUGUGAAUAGUCUCAGUGAUUCAGAUAAAAGGAUGAUGAUUUCAGUUUCUGAUGCUGGCUGUGAAUGGAGAGUAACCGGAGAAUGUGAAUUUAACUUUGAAUGCAGCUCAACUAUAGAAUCUGAUCCUAAAAGCGCUUGUUAAACCCCAAACUGUCAUAACGUGGGAUGUUCAGAUGUAGUGACUGCUUCUGUGUUAUUAUGGCAGAUUAUUACAAUAUUACGGUAGCAAAUUAAUAUUAUAUUUAUUAAUAAAUAUUUACAUGGAUACAUUGUAAUAGCUUAAUUUUUUUUUUCAUUUACGAUGUUGUUUUUGGAAUUUUGAAUUUAAUUAAGUUUCAGGGUUUGAAAAAUGUGUACUGUAAAUGAAUUUUCAGGUUUCAUGAAAUUUUUAUAAAGGGAUUUCAGUGUUCACAGCUUUCAGUGAGUGGCACCCCAGGGCAUCAGUUGAAGUUCUAAUAGUGAAAGUAGUAGAAAAUAGUACUAUACAAUGUACUAGCAUCAGGCAAAACUCUAUAAUAAAAAUUACUGGAAAUAUAAAAAAAGACUUCUUAUGUCUCUAUCUAAUGAAUUAAUUGUAUUUAUUUUAUUAAAACUUAAGAAAACCAAAAUAAUUGUUUAAAUUUAACUGUAAGACUAUUUGGUGUCAGAAAAUCACAUUGACAUGAUCAAUUAAAUUGGGCCUAAAAUUCAUGUUAAGUCACGUAAAUACUACGUUAACGGUACUCAAACUUUUCAGGCAUAUGGUAGAUUUUGGUUUUGGGCACACCCACAGGUUUGAGACACACCGACCGUAUUGACUUAAUGGCUGUACUACAACCCACAUUGCCACUAUAGCGUCCUAAAGACAACAUAGGUCAUUUUUUUAUCCUGUGAAUUUAUGAUUUGUGCACAUUUCCCUCAGAUUAAUUUUGUAAGGGCUCUAUAGGUUAUAAAAGCAUCUUAUCCGAACAAAACUUCUUAGAACAAAUCAUGCGGAACAAUUAUUUGAUUAGUAUCAAAUGUUGUAGAUAGCUUAAUUAUGACAAAUAAAUGUCAAUUAGAAUGUUUUGCAAUUUCAACCAUGAAAUUUGUCUUUAAUACAUUCCUUCAGUUUCCUCAUUCAUAUUAAUACGUUUUUUAUAUAUCUUUUUUAAAAUUUAUUUUAUUAUCUUGCUUGUUGAUAUUUUUUUUUAAUCCAAUAGCUUUGACAUUUCAAUGGUAAAAAAUUUGAAUUUUUUUUUAAUUUUUAGAAAUUAUUUCUAUUAUUUCUGAAAACUAUUUUGUUUUGACCCCAAAAAGGAAACAGUUUCCUGAAUGUGUAUUAUGAUGAAACACAUGUCUGACCAAGAUAAUUUCAUCAAAUUUACUUCAGAGUACAUGAUAUCAAAAACAUUAUAAUUAAUCAUUGAAUGAUAAUAUCAAAAACAAGAAUGGUUAAUUUUUUAUUAUUUAUUUUAAUUGAUGUAACUUGCAUGUAUCCAACAGGAAUUGGUAAGAGAGGAUUUUGUAAAUAAAUUAAUAAAAUUGUAAUGAUGUAAUAACAAUACAGAUUUAAGCGCUCGCAGAUUUCAAUCUUCUUAUUUAAUUUGGUACUGGUAAUAAAUUUGUCCCUUUUUGUUCUGCAAGUGUAAUGAAAAGGUUAUAAUAUUGGAAUAAAAAUGUUUGUAAAUUGUUAAUUUAAAUUCAAUUAAUUUUUUUUCUUCCUUACUUAUUAAAAACCAUUAUUGUAAUAUUUUAUUUUAUUCCAUAGUUAGGAUUCAUAUUUAGUGUAAUUUAAAUGUUGACAAAUUUUGUUUCUGUAUAGUAUAACUUAUGUAGUCAUUAACUUUAACCGAAAAACAAUUGAAAAAUACAUUUUUUCUUUCAAUCAAAGUUUAACCAUACACAAAGUAAAUUGUUUGUGUCUUAUAAAUCAACAUACCAAAUA